AUGCUCUCGUCCUUGCUGCGACCCAGAAAGGCCCGACAACGCGUCCUGGAGCAUUCCCCGUUCUCGUCGCCCUACCCAGAGCCCGACCUGUCAUCUCCUCUCAUCGCUCGUCGCGACCGUCAAGUGCGGCAUGCGACUGCGGAUUGGACUGAAACAGAAGCAGAUGAUGAUGAUACGGAUGACGACGAAGAGGGCGAUCCUAGCCAUGUUGUCGACGACGAGGCGGAGGAGGACGAGGAUGGCGAGGAUGGAAAUGAAGAUGGGGACGAUGAAUCGCCUCUACUCCCCAUCUUCUCUGCAGCGCAUCUAGAUGCGCUACCAGUAUACAACCUCACCCACGCAAUCCGACUCAUCGUCCUCCCCAAGACCGAAACGACCCUGACCUGGGACCAACUUCGCUCACCUCAAGUCUCCCAAUUCUUGGUCAAGCCGAUGCAGCAGCAAAUACGAACAGCCCACUUCUCCCGUGCAACUUUAUAUGCUCUGAUGGCAAAUUGUCUGCAGUUUGAAAAGGAGAGCCACGCAAACCCAGGGAAUGCUGGCAACAGCCGGACAAGAGCAAUGGUGUGCGAACUGCUGGCGAUAAAGCUAUUGAAGGAAUAUAACACCCGGGAACUUAUCGAUGCCUUGUCAUACGACUUCUUUCCCCUGCAAGGCCUUGGUCUUGAGAAUGUUGCAAUGCCGGGUUCGGCACAGCAGCAAAAGUAUAAUCGACCGAUGCCAGCCGCUGCUCGAAUAUCAACGGUCGAAGUUGCCAUACGAGCCUCGGCGAAACACUUCCUUGCACAUCCCGUCGUGGUCCAACAGCUUGAAGCCAUAUGGGCCGGUACGAUUGUGUUUCAUUCUGCUGCAGAUAAUCUCCAUAGAGCAACGCAGUCUGCUGUACCCAUACGUUCCACGCGACAGUUCCAGAAAGCCGAUACCAGAAACGGUCUUUUAGUCCCAGGCCGGCAUGCUAAUUACGGAGCGAUGAGCUCUCAGACGGUCCAGCUCCCCCAGGAUAGACAAACCACGGUGCAACAAGCUCAAUCUCGCCGGAUGGUCACUCUCUAUGAUCCGAGGGACGCGUCCCUAUUCAAGUUGUCGAGAUUAAGAGUACCACGGUACCGGCAAUUCUUCUCGACCUGCUCUCUUGCAAUUCUACUAGGCUUGUUUAUUGCAGUACUCAGUGAACGGUCUUCAGAUAUCACCACCUUAGAAGUCAUUUUCUGGUUUUGGAGUGCCGGCUUCAUGUUGGAUGAGAUCGUUGGAUUCAACGAGCAGGGCUUUAGCUUGUAUAUUAUGAGUUUCUGGAACACCUUCGACCUUGGGAUCCUACUUCUCUUGGUCUUAUACUACUCCAUGCGGUUGUAUGGCCUAUUCCUAGUCGAUAUUGGAAGACAUGAGUGGAACGGUAUGGCCUACGAUGUACUUGCCGCUAAUGCCAUCCUCCUGUUUCCACGACUCUUUAGUGUACUUGAUCACUACCGGUAUUUCUCACAACUUCUGAUUGCUUUUAGGUUAAUGGCCAUCGACCUAGUUGCCGUGUUUACGCUUGUCCUCAUCGCCUGUAGCGGAUUCUUCGUUGCUUUCUCCGCCGGCCAGACCAAGUAUGAUGCAUCUGAUAUAGCAUACAAAAUCUUCCAGCUCCUGAUGGGAUUCACCCCUGCAGCAUGGGAGGCCUGGCCAAACUACAACCUUCUAGGAAAAGCUAUUCUAGUGCUCUUCCUAUUCAUCUGCCACUUCCUGGUCGUGACAAUUUUGAUCACGGUGCUCACCAACUCCUUCAUGGCGAUUGUCUCGAAUGCGAACGAAGAACAUCAGUUUGUCUUUGCCGUCAACACAAUAUCGAUGGUCAAGAAUGAUGCACUCUUCUCUUACGUGGCACCCAGCAAUAUCUUUGCUUGGUUGCUCACCCCCUUGAGAUUUUUCAUGCCUUUCCGAGCGUUUAUCAAACUCAAUCGCACUGUUAUCAAAGUCACGCACUUGCCGCUACUCUUCGGUAUAUUUGCCUACGAGAAACUCUUUCUCGCAAGAUCAGUCUUCGAGCCUACAGACCUGGUGGAAAAUAUGGGACGUGGUCGACAGAGGGCCGUAUCAUUCCGAGAUACCAAAUCCGCACUAUUUAGCCCAAACAUACGUAUUAGGCAGGGUUCGGUUGCAGGGUUUCAGACAGAUCGGGCGUUGGAUGAUGUUUUCCGAUUAGCACCAAGACCUGGUACCAUUCGAAGUAGCAUAGGACGACGGGAGACCCAUAAUGUUAUCAGCAACUGGAUGGAACACCAGGGUAGCUUGGCAAGUCCACCACAAGAGCAGGACCGCUCUGUUGUAGACCGUCUCGAAAAGAGAAGACAAGCCAGAAGGGAUACCAUGCUUCGACACCGAGGAGUAUCAGGCACAAGAUCGGUGGCUAGUGAUCCUGCCGAGUUCAUGGCCAGCGGAGCGUUCAAUGGUCGCUUUGGCUCAGGGCGUUUAGAGGUGCACAACGAGAUUGCGGGACACACGGAUGCGGAUGGGGACGACGAGCUCGUGACGAACGAAGAUGAUGAAGGUGUCACACUCGAUAAGUCGCAUAGCAUUGUCGCCGACUCUGACAAAGAGAACGGAGAUAAUGAUGAUGAUGACGAUGAAAGCUACUUCCAAACGCCUACAGGUGCAGGCAAACUCUCGUCAACUGCUUCCUCUAAGAAACACAGGUUCCCUUCAGCAACCAAUUCGCCUCUCAAGUCAUCUCCUUUAAGGGCUAAAGCCCAUAGGAGAAAUCUUUCCACGAACACCAUCCUAUACAACCCCGUCCACGACGAUAUUUCCUCCUCAGCUUCUCGACCAAAGUCCCGGCCCUUGACUGCAAAACGCCAUUCAAAUGCAAACACAGGCGCAAAUACCCCAUCCACCAAUCUCAUGAUGGGUCAUCGUACACCCCGACAUUCCAUUUACACCACCGCCAACACAAAACCCCGUCCCAUUCUUCCCACUCGGCAAACCUUUCAAUCAGUUCCGAAUUUCCAGCCCUCGCCUCAACUUCCUAGUAAACGCCCCCGACAAGUCCGCCACCAUCAGUCAUCCCUAGACAUGGGUAUGUCGGAUCUAGCCUUCGACCAAAACGCCCUUGGUGCGGUGCCCAGCUCAUUCGCGACGCAGAUGGCCAUGGCUAUGGGAGGCUUGAAAGGCAUUGGGGGUGGCGGCAUGGGAGCAGGACGAGGCGAAGAUACCGAAGGCAUGAUGGGGCGAUUAAUGCUAGCAAGAAUGAAAACGUUAGAGGAAGGGUUUGCCGAGGUGGUUAAGGAGUUUAGAGGGAUGCGAACAGCGGGUAAUAGCGAGGUUGAGGGCGUUGGAGGAGGGCGUGAUUAUUUCGGAAAUGCAGGAGACGGAAGGAGGGCCAAGGGAAAGGGGAAGGAUAAAGCCGGGAGAAAGAAGAGAGCAGGUCACGAUGGCAGAGGAGGUAUCGUCAGAGCGACCAGCGAGACCAAUCUCGAGAAAUCGAAGAAGGGGAAGCAGAAAGCACGCGAUGAGCUAGACGCCAUGUCGCCAGAGCAACAUGACGAUCCAUCUGUGGGGUUUGCUCUUGAGCGCUACAACACACGCGGGAGCUCAUUAUAG